UUUUAAUAAAUUUGAUAUUUAAAUAUUAUGAUAUUUAAAUGGGAUAUUGUAUAGCUUGACAAACUAUAGCACUGGAACGGAAAUAUAACGAUACAGGCGGUCAUUGAUCUUCGAGUACUUUCACAUUGUAUAUAGUUUUGUUUCUCGAGCGUAAAUGGGGUAAAAACGAUAUGAUAUUGUUAGUUAGUUAACAUUUUGAUAUUAUAUUUUUUAUUGUUGUAUUUAAAAGAUUGAGAAUCUUAUUUAAUAUGUCUGCAGUGACAAUGUCUUACUGACAAUUCAUGAAUCUAUCGUUCUAUUUUCAAGCAAAUGUUAAGUUGAUAAUAAUCGUCGAUACUGAUUCAUCAUCGAUAAAUUGACAGAGUAAAACGUAUCUACAACUUUUUUACGUUAGAAUAACACGUUAUUAGAUAUUAUUACAAUUUAUACAAUAUAAUUAUAUUUAAAAUAGUUGUGUACAUAUAUAAAUGGUUGCAAUUGCAUUGUUACUUGUAAAAGUUAUUGCUUUAUCUUUCUUCCUUCAUCGACGUAAUUGUACAUAUUCUUUAAUCUCAUUAUUUUCACUGUUUUUUAUCGUAAGGCCAAGUUACGUAAAUAAAAGCAAAAGUAGUUUAGGUAAUCGAUCGAUUGUUUCGAUCAUUCCGAUUGGAGCGCGUUAUGGUCAGUGACUCUUCAAAUUUUUCAACAAAUAGAGAUUUACGCUAAGUGGGGAAUGUCGUUCACCACAAGUCAAUAUAAACGCAUUUUACAUGCGAAAACACGAUCACUUGAUGAGAAAGUGAUGCAGACUGUGGUUAUUCCAUUGGAAUCGGAAGUUUUCGCACGAGCUCCUCAGAAAACGACCGAUGGUCUUCGAAAAUGGCUUGCUAUGAGGUAUGUCUAACGCUAUUAGCUCUAAUUACUUGUCAUGUAAGUGCAAAUUACGAGUAUGGGCGUUUGAAAAGUUUGAAUUCAGAAAUCGCCACAUCGCCAUGGAAUAAGCAGUAUGAAGUUUAUGAGAGCGCUUCGUCUGAAGUUCUGCCUUCUUACAGUUUUUAUAAAUUAAGAAAAAAUCGAUCUACAGAUCGUUUUGGAAGCCCAUCUGAACCUUACCCGAUUAAAAAGGAACUCAUCGAACAAAAAAGCUUGAAAAAAGUUCCAUUUCAUUCAUUUACUAACAAAGAUUCCACAAAAUACAAGGAACUGACUCAUGAUUCGGGAAUUGCACACUGUCAAGAGAUAAAAUCGACUGAAAAGGAUGAACUACAAAAAAGCAUCACUUGCUACAAUUGCAAAGAUCCGAAAACUAAAUCUACAUAUGAACGUUGUUUAUAUAAUCAUCCGGAAGAGAGAACAUCCGCAAAUACAAAUGUGGAGCGUUAUCUAUCCGCGCCCACCAACUUCAGAUAUCGAAGAUUUAAAAUACAUAAAUUUUCUAUAGAUAAACUCUCUACUCAUCCACGGAGAACCGACAGGAUCAUUCAAGUUCAAGAGGAUUCGAAUGAUGAGACCGACAGCGUAUCUUACGACCGUCCACCUGACUACAGCAGCGAUUAUUCUAUUCCCGAUGUAUCGAGUAAUUACCAAUCGUCAUCGAGUAAUAACAGACCUGAAUCUUACAAGGGCCAAGAGACACCCUAUUCGGAGCAUUCCGAAGAUAUUAGCGCGGACAAAUGUAAAACGGUUCAAAAGGAUUCAAUGACGUGCACGGUUUGCAAAGAUCCGAAUACGGGCAACGAUUUCGAACGGUGUUCGUACUCGUAUCAGCCCAGUGACAAGCUUUUCUCUUAUAGUAAAUCUAGCUCAUUUGGCAAGCCGGAGAAUAAUGAUAAAUCGGAGCAAACGUCAUCGGACGAGGAACAGUCAUCGGACGGUGCCGAAAAUGCGAAGGAAUCUUACGAGGAACACGUUCCAAAACAGUCUUACGAAGCGUCAACAGCGAGCGAGGCAAAAAACUCCAGGGAUGGUCCAGAGGAGAAGAAAGAAGCGGUAGACGUCGGGUACUUGGACACCGCGAAAAAGAAGGCCGAGAUCGAGGAGUUUAUGCAAAAUUUUCGGAAAGAGGACCGCUCGAAUUGCAAAAAAGUCAUGCGCGAUAAAAUGACCUGUUACAAGUGCGUCGACGAGCAAGGCUUCCAAAAGGAGGAAUGCGCGUUUGUCGCCGGACACGAGCCCGACAAGGAUCAGCUCGCGUUUCACGAGGUGAAAGAAUUCCAAGUCGAUUCCACAUCGCAGAAACGCGAUUACAAGCCCUCGAGCUCCACGACGAGCUCAACGAAAACGGAGGCGGUGGCGUCGCACGCUCGUGACUUCAAGCCCUCGAGCUCCACGAAAACGAAGACGAAGGUGGAGGCUUUGGAGCCGACCGCGUCCGCCAGUGGAAACUCCUACGAAACUAGACUAGAAAAGCCGGACAACGAUUAUCCCGACGAGGCGUCGCACACGGGGGCGGAAACGAAAGAGGCCGAGCCGUACGAUUACACAUCGGAAACAAGAUCAAAAUACGACAAGGUCCUCAAAUUAACCCUUCCGGCGUACAUGUUUACCACUUCGGAGCAUGAGGCGGCGUUCGAUGAAAUUGUAGCUUCUAGCCAUACUUAAACUUACGCUAAAUUAGUCGCCUUCGUCGACGCUGUUGUCAUUUACCCUGUUGUCAUUACCCGUGUCCGUUUUACUCAUUAUGUCCAAGUUGAAAAUUCCCCCCC